AUGGGCAUAUACUUGUGUUACACGGAAGAGGAACUCGUGUCCAAAUUUGAAACAGCAGCAAAGCAGGGAGAAGCGUUUUUUGGCAAUGCUGGGGUCUUUGUUGAGAAGUACGUCCAGCAUGCCCAUCAUGUUGAGGUUCAAAUCUUUGGAGAUGGCAAAGGGUGUGUGGUGCACCUUGGUGAGAGAGAGUGUUCAAUACAAAGACGCCACCAGAAAAUCCUUGAAGAGACUCCAUCCGUUCUAGUGACGGAGGACAUUCGAGAGCGAUUGACUGCAGCAGCUGUACGGCUGUGCUCAGCAGUGAAAUAUCGAUCAGCAGGAACAGUCGAAUUCUUGGUGGACUCUGACACAAAAGAGUUCUACUUCCUUGAGGUCAAUACAAGGCUGCAGGUUGAACAUGGCAUUACUGAAAUGGUCAAUGGUGGUGUCGACCUUGUGGAAUGGAUGCUGAGAGUGCAGCUUGAGGACCUCCCCGCUGCAGAUUUCAGUCCGAAGACCGACUUAUCGUCAUUCACGUCUCGUCGUUCAGGUUGGGCAAUCGAGGUCCGUGUUUGUGCAGAGGACCCUACAAAGGACUUCACUCCUUCGCCAGGUGUCCUUGGGCAGGUUGCUUUCCCUGAAGACCUCCCUGGAGUCAGGGUAGACACUUGGAUUGAGACAGGGACUGCAGUUUCAACCUUUUAUGACUCGCUGCUUGGCAAGGUAAUGGUUCAUGCAGACACAAGGGAGGCUGCCAUCAGCAUGCUCGAAACAGCACUUGCACAGACACACAUCAAGGGCAUCCCAACCAACCUGGGCUUUUUGAGGUCACUCAUCGCUUCAGAGAAGUUCAAGUCGGGCAACACGACGACCCGAUUCCUAGAAGACUUUGAAAUGGUGCCAGACCAGAUUGAGGUGUUGGAUGCUGGGAUGCAGACCACAGUCCAGGACUAUCCUGGCCGUGUUGGUCUGUGGCACGUUGGCGUGCCCCCCUCUGGUGCGAUGGACGACUUUUCUUUCCAGCUGGCCAAUGCCCUGGUGGGAAAUGACUCCAAAGCAGCGGGACUGGAGUUCACAUUGAAAGGACCAACUCUGAAAUUCACGUGCGACUCUCUGAUUGCAUUGACGGGGGCUCACUUUGAAGCCUUGCUGGACGAGGUGCCCGUCCCUUGGUGGACCAGUGUGAAGGUGCAAGCAGGGCAGGUGCUGCGGGUCAAGGGUACUGAUGGGGACAACGGGGUUCGAGGGUACUUGGCUGUCUGGGGCGGUCUUGAUGUUCCGGACUACCUGGGCAGCAAGUCCACCUUUCCUGGUGGCAACCUUGGGGGCCAUCAAGGCAGGGCUCUGAGGGUUGGUGAUACUAUCAACAUACAGCCAGUCGCUGCAGGCCUUUGUGAUGGGGUGGCUGUGCCCCUUGACUGGAGGCCUGAAUUGCCUGGGUUGGGAAAGCCUUGGGAAGUGCAGGUUCUGCCAGGGCCACAAGCUGCUCCUGACUACUUUGUUGAGGAGGAUAUCAAGGACCUUUACAACACGCAGUAUGUGGUGCAUUACAACAGCAACCGCUUGGGUGUCAGAUUUCAAGGACCCCGGCCACGUUGGGCAAGGAAGGACGGGGGAGAGGGUGGCUCACACCCCUCGAACGUGCAUGAUCAUGUGUAUGCCAUCGGCACCAUCAACUAUACGGGAGACAUGCCCAUCGUGCUGACGUGUGAUGGCCCCAGCCUGGGAGGCUUUGUGUGCCCAGCAACGAUUAUCUCCACAGAGCUCUGGAAGAUGGGCCAGGUUCGACCCAAUGAUGCAGUUGUCUGGUGUCAGACAACUCUGGAAUCUGCAUACUCCAAGUGCCGAAAGAGAAAGCUGAUGAUGCGGCUGCUUUGCUCAGUGGCGCAAGGGAAGGCAUCAGUUGAUGAUGCCGUUGCAGAGCUCUCAGGGGCAGAGUUCGACGUUCCUGAAAUGCCAGAGGCCAAGGCUGUGCUAAAAAGGCUGUCCCAAUGGUGCCACCCUGGUGCUCAGUACAGACUGGCAGGGGAUAGGUAUGUGCUGGUGGAGUACGGACCAAUGGAGCUGGAUAUCAACCUUCGUGUGCGGGUGCACAUGCUGGAGAAAUGGCUUGCAGACCGCAAGGUUGAGGGACUGGUGGAGACCAACCCAGGCGUGCGCUCCUGCAUGAUUGAGUACGACCAGGUGAAGCUUCCUCUUUCCAGCCUGCUGAGCCUGUUGGAUGAGGCAGAAUCAGCGUUGCCAGAUGUUCAUAACCUUGAGCUUCCUGUCCGUGUUCUGCACCUCCCCAUGGCGUUCAAUGAGAAAUGGACCCAUGAGGCAAUCCACAAAUACACCAGGUCUGUGAGGAACGAUGCACCGUACCUGCCCAGCAAUGUUGAUUUCGUUGCAAGGAACAAUGGUCUGGAUGGCGCUGAUGAUGUGAAGUCCAUUGUCAUGGGUGCCAGUUACAUGGUGCUGGGACUAGGUGAUGUGUACUUGGGAGCACCAUGUGCAGUUCCUGUUGACCCCCGGCACAGGCUUGUGGUGCCGAAGUACAACCCGGCAAGGACAUUCACACCAGAAGGGGCUGUGGGCAUUGGCGGGUCGUACAUGUGCAUCUACCCAAUGAGCUCUCCAGGAGGAUACCAACUCGUUGGUCGCACUCUGCCCAUCUGGAACACGUUUGGACGCAUUGAGCCGUUUAACACAGCCAAGCCCUGGCUGCUCGAAAUCUUUGAUCAGGUCCGUUUCUAUGAGGUGACGGAAGACGAGCUCGAGCAGGCACGUUUUGAGUUCGCCGCUGGCCAAGCCAAAAUCAAGAUCGAGGAGGAGGUGUUCAAAAUGAAGGAGUACAACGAAAUGGUGGAAAGCGUUAAGGAGGAGACCAGCGCCAUGCGCGCCAAGCAGCGCGCUGCGAUGGCUGUCCAAAUGGAUCUCGAUGCCCAGAGCCUGAAGAGGCUGAACGAAGCGGAGACGAGCAAAUCGUCCAUGGCGUCCAUGGGCGCCUCAGAUCUUGCCAAUUUCGACGACGACGACAAGUAUGUGAAGGUUUUGUCACGCGUGAUGGGCAACAUUUGGGAUAUAUUGGUGAAAGAGGGCGACAAGGUGGACGUCGGUCAGACCGUCAUUGUUCUCGAGGCCAUGAAGAUGGAGUACGCCAUAACGACGCCGUCCGCAGGGACUGUGAGGGCUAUUACCGUGGAGCGCUCUCAGCUUGCUGAGCAGGGAACCACGCUUGUCGUUGUUGAAGUGUGA